AUGACCAUUCGAGUCCAGCGACCGGACCAGAAAGCAGGCCUGGAUGGGUGCAAGCAACAGCAAAACAACAACACCAAAGGAAAGUCGGUCCAAGUCCAAGAGCUACGGAGACGGUCGGCCGCGCGGUGCAAGUUCGAGAUCAAGGAGGAUAAACAGAGCAGGCCGUUCCUCAGACAACGUUGUUUGGGUGGUCAUGUGAGCUGA